UUUGGGGGGGCGGGGGGAGCAAGGAGGCGGGGCCGCGCAGGCGCCGUGAGGGGCGGUAGCGGCGGCGGCGGCGGUGGUAGCGGCGGCAGCUGUGAGGGGGUUCCGGGAAGAUGGUGCUGAUUAAGGAAUUCCGUGUGGUUUUGCCAUGUUCUGUUCAGGAGUAUCAGGUUGGGCAGCUUUACUCUGUUGCAGAAGCUAGUAAGAAUGAAACUGGUGGUGGAGAAGGAAUUGAAGUCUUAAAAAAUGAACCUUAUGAGAAGGAUGGAGAAAAGGGACAGUAUACACACAAAAUCUAUCACCUAAAGAGCAAAGUUCCUGCAUUCGUCAGGAUGAUUGCUCCGGAGGGCUCCUUGGUGUUUCACGAGAAAGCCUGGAAUGCAUACCCCUACUGUAGAACAAUUGUAACGAAUGAAUAUAUGAAAGAUGAUUUCUUCAUUAAAAUUGAAACAUGGCACAAACCAGACUUGGGAACAUUAGAAAAUGUACACGGUUUAGAUCCGAACACAUGGAAAACUGUUGAAAUUGUCCACAUAGAUAUUGCAGAUCGAAGUCAAGUUGAACCAGCAGACUACAAAGCUGAUGAAGACCCAGCAUUAUUCCAGUCAGUCAAGACCAAGAGAGGCCCUUUGGGACCCAACUGGAAGAAGGAGCUGGCAAACAACCCUGACUGUCCUCAGAUGUGUGCCUAUAAGCUGGUGACCAUCAAAUUCAAGUGGUGGGGACUGCAAAGCAAAGUAGAAAACUUCAUUCAGAAGCAAGAGAAAAGGAUAUUUACAAACUUUCAUCGCCAGCUUUUUUGUUGGAUUGACAAGUGGAUUGAUCUGACAAUGGAAGACAUAAGGAGAAUGGAGGAUGAAACCCAGAAAGAACUAGAAACAAUGCGUAAGAAGGGUUCCGUCCGAGGCACGUCGGCUGCUGAUGUCUAGAUGAGUCCCCUGUAGGGUCAGAGACAAUAUCAAACUGUUUACGUAAUCAAGGUCAAGUGAGGGGAACAAGUGCAGCCAGUGAUGAGUGAAGAGGAAUCUGACCAGUAUCUUGCAGUGUUGACGUUUCCCAGACGUGUGCUUGUGAUGUACUCACACGCACAGGUUCCCAGCCACGUGUGUAUAUAUGUCUGUGUGUAGAUCUGUAGCUGUAUAUAAAACGCAUGUAGAGCUACGGAUCGAGAUACACACACUCGUGUAUAUAUGUACAUACAAGCAUACUGAACGGAUAGUACCAUUCCUCCAGAGUACUGUACCUGUCUUCAGCAAGAAUGCAAAAGAAAAUAUUUUCAAUAUAUAUACCUGGAACAGAUUUUAAUAAUUAUCAGAGUAAUACCAUUAAUGGACAAAUUGACUGCGAUGUAAUACUAGCUGGUAUGUUUCAUAAAUGUCAAAUUGUGGACCAAUAUAUAUAUAUAUAUAUAGCCUUUUAUUACUUUUCUGUUCUUUUAAAUCAGUCUCUUACAAAUUUUUAUUUUAGUCCCAUAAGCAACAGACUCCCACAGAAGAAUUUAUUCAAAAUCUUUUGGUAUUCCAAUGAAUCUGGAAUG